AUGGUAAAUACAGAACAUCCGGGCGACGUGAAGCCUCCGGAUCCACAACCGGAAUCAACUCUAGACACCCCCGAGCAUAGAGACGUAGACGAGGAUGUCGCCGCACCUCAAACUGAAGAGAUCAGAACAGAGGCCGAGGCUGGCCCACGACGAGCUGAUCUUGCUCUUACCCAGAGCCACGCCACCGAUGCCUCGGCUACUACACAGGCCACGACCUGGAUGACGCCUUUGAUGACUGUGGGCUAUAAGCGUUCGCUUCACCAAAAUGAUCUCUGGACCGUCAACCCCUCAAGGGCCUCCGAGCCCAUGACGGGGAAACUGCGCGCUUCCUUUACGCGGAGGGUUGCUGAUGGGGAUAAAUACCCGUUGGUGUGGGCCAUGCUGGAUACCUUCCGCUUCGAGUUCUUCCUCGGCGGGCUUUGCCAGCUCCUGUCCACCAUCCUCCAGGUCAUGGCCCCCUUUACUCUUCGCUAUCUCAUCCAGUUUGCAACCGACGCGUAUAUUGCCAACAUGCAGAAUCGUCCUGCUCCCUCCAGCCUGUGCACCAACCACUUCAUCUACCGCGGUAUGAUGGUCGGCGGCGAAGUGAGGGCUGUCCUCAUUGGCCUCAUCUUUGAGAAGGCCAUGGUCUUAUCCGGCCGUGCUCGCGCUGGAGGCGCCAAGGACCAGCAGAUUGGUGACCUAGGUUGGGGAAAUGGCCGCAUUGUCAACCUGAUGAGUGUUGAUACCUACCGUAUCGACCAAGCUUCGGCCCUUUUCCACAUCCUGUGGACUGCUCCCGUGGCCUGCCUCAUCACCCUCGCCGUCCUCAUCGUCAAUCUCAGCUAUAGUGCCUUGGCUGGGUUUGCCCUCCUCGUCGUUGGCGUUCCCGUUUUGACCCGCGCCAUCCGCAGCCUCUUUAUCCGCCGUAAGAAAAUCAACAAGAUCACCGACCAACGUGUCAGCUUGACCCAGGAGAUUCUUCAGUCCGUCCGUUUUGUCAAGUUCUUUGGGUGGGAGAGCUCCUUCUUGAAGCGAUUGGAGGACAUUCGAGCCCGCGAGAUCCAUGGCAUCCAAGUUCUCCUGGCCAUCCGUAACGCUAUCAACGCCAUUAGCAUGUCCCUGCCAGUCUUUGCUUCCAUGCUUUCCUUCAUCACCUACUCCCUUACAGACAACAGCAUGCAGCCCGCCCAAGUCUUCUCUUCUCUUGCCCUUUUCAAUGGCCUCCGCAUCCCACUCAACAUGCUGCCCCUUGUCCUAGGCCAGGUCGUCGAUGCCUGGUCUUCUGUCAAGCGUAUCCAGGAAUUCCUCCUUGCUGAGGAGAUGGAAGACGAGGCCGAAUUCAAGCUUGACGCCGAGAACGCGGUCGAUGUCCAAAACGCAUCCUUUACCUGGGAGCGGACCCCGACCCAGGAUCCGGAAACCACCAUUGCCGGUGCCUCCGGCGCUCCAGGAGGGAAAGCGGCCACUAAAGAUCAAGAAAAGAGGCCUGCCUCCUCGGGCCACGAGAGCGACGGGACCUCUUCGACUCUCACGGAGAAAGAACCCUUCAAGCUGUAUGACUUGGAUUUCUCUAUCAAACGGAAUGAGCUUGUCGCUGUCAUUGGAAGCGUUGGCAGUGGUAAGAGCUCCCUCCUUGCAGCUCUUGCGGGUGAUAUGAGGAGGACCCAAGGCGAUGUUAUUCUUGGCGCCGAGCGGGCGUUUUGCCCUCAGUAUGCCUGGAUCCAGAACGCCACAGUUCGCGACAACAUCAUCUUCGGAAAGGACAUGGACAAGGACUGGUACAAGGAUGUUAUCCGAGCGUGCGCACUUCAACCGGAUCUGGACAUGUUGCCAAACGGGGACAUGACUGAAAUCGGCGAGCGAGGCAUCACCAUCUCAGGUGGGCAAAAGCAGCGACUCAAUAUCGCCAGAGCAAUCUACUUUGAUGCAGACAUUGUCAUCAUGGAUGACCCCCUGAGCGCGGUCGACGCUCACGUUGGCCGUCAUAUCUUUGAUAAUGCCAUCCUGGGCCUUCUUGGAGACAAGUGUCGAAUCCUCGCUACCCAUCAGUUAUGGGUUCUCAACAGGUGUGACCGCAUCAUAUGGAUGGAAGCUGGUCGGAUCCAAGCCGUGGACACCUUUGAAAAUCUUAUGCGGGAUCAUACCGGUUCCUGGAGCGAACGGCGACGACAAAAGAAGAAGAAGAAGGGGGCCGCGCUCAUGCAGCAGGAGGAGCGCGCCGUUGCCAGCGUCCCCUGGUCCGUCUAUUCCGCAUACAUCAAGGCGUCCGGAUCGUACUUCAACGCCCCUCUCCUUCUCACCGCUUUGAUUCUUGCCCAGGGUACCAAUAUCGUGACGGGCUUGUGGCUGUCCUGGUGGACGUCUGACGAGUUCAACCUCAGUACCGGCCAGUAUAUCGGAGGCUAUGCUGGACUUGGCGCGCUCCAAGUUUUGCUCAUGUUCGGCUUCUCCGUUUCGCUCUCUAUAUUCGGCACGACUUCUAGUAAGAAGAUGCUGCAAGAGGCCGUGACACGAGUACUCCGCGCCCCCAUGUCCUUUUUCGACACGACGCCGCUCGGCCGCAUCACGAAUCGAUUUUCGCGUGACGUGGAUGUCAUGGACAACAACCUUACCGACGCGAUGCGAAUGUACUUUUUCACGCUAUCCAUGCUUCUGUCCGUCUUCUGCCUCAUCAUUGCGUAUUUCCACUACUUUGCCAUCGCUCUCGUCCCCCUCUUCUUCCUCUUCAUCUUCUCCGCGUCGUACUACCGAGCGUCGGCCCGGGAAGUCAAGCGGUUCGAGUCUGUCCUCCGGUCCACCGUCUUUGCUAAGUUUGGAGAGGGCCUUUCCGGUGUGGCUUCCAUCCGCGCGUAUGGUUUGCAGGAUCGCUUUCGCUGGCUGGCUGUCAGACUCGAUCUGAUUGGCAAUAUCCUUGUUUUUGUUACCGGCAUUCUCGUGGUCACGUCCAGGUUCAACGUCUCGCCGUCAAUCGCCGGCCUCGUACUGAGCUACAUCCUCUCCAUCGUCAUGAUGAUUCAGUUUACCGUGCGCCAACUCGCCGAAGUCGAGAAUGGCAUGAAUGCUGUCGAACGUCUACAGUAUUAUGGAAGGAACCUAGAAGAGGAGGCUCCUUUACAUACCGUCGAGGUCCGCAACACGCUCGUCGAGAUCUCGGGUGGACACAUCACCAUUGAUGGCAUCGACAUCUCCACCAUUGGCUUACACGACCUCCGGUCCAGACUAGCCAUCAUUCCUCAGGACCCUACACUCUUCAAGGGAACCGUCCGGAGUAACCUUGACCCAUUCAACGAGCACACGGACCUCGAGCUUUGGUCUGCGCUUCGGCAAGCAGAUCUCGUCCAGGACCAACCGCCGCCGACGGGCCAGGGUUCAAGCUCUGACAAUACCGGAGAGACGGCCAUUGUUCCCGCGGCGGCGGCGUCACCGAACCGUGACCAGCAACCGUCGGUGAGCCUCGACUCCGUUGUAGAGGAAGACGGACUCAAUUUCUCCCUCGGCCAGCGCCAACUCAUGGCCCUCGCCCGUGCUCUCGUUCGAAACAGCCAAAUCAUCGUUUGCGACGAGGCGACGUCUUCGGUGGACAUGGAAACGGACGACAAGAUCCAAAACACCAUUGCCACGGGCUUCAAGGGCAAGACCCUUCUCUGCAUCGCCCAUCGCCUGCGGACCAUUAUCGGCUACGACCGCAUCUGCGUCAUGGAUUCCGGCCGUAUCGCGGAGCUGGGUACCCCGCUGGAGCUGUGGCACCAAGGCGGCAUAUUCAAGGGUAUGUGUGAGAGGAGCGGGAUCAGGCUGGAUGAUUUGAGGGGAGCUGUGCGGGAGCUCAACGCGCCGGGUCACGAUGGGGAAUCUACGACGUCGGAUGGCUCUGAGAACGCCAAGGAUAACUUGGAAUAA